AUGAACCAAACCGGGUCCUCAGGGACAGAGGGACAGAAGAACCCUGAAUUACGAGAGCUUGUGUUUGGCCAGGCCACACAACUGUCCACUUUGCAUGAAGAAUUGAACAAAGCUUUUCCCACUGUUCAAUCCCAAAUUGCUGUGCUUGAGAAGACUUCACAAACUACUGUUGGUAAUGUGGCUGCUCUGUCUGGCCAAGUGAAUGACAUUUCUGGAGUCUUGCUCGGCAUACAGAAGACCCUGGAGGUCCUUACAGCACAUGUUUCAGCUGAAUCUAACUCUGCUUCAAGUUCUUCAAACCAGCCUGUUAACCCCGUCCUCCCCAGCACACAGCAGCCUCAGUCUGAGCCUGGCUUAGUCAGUCCUAGGCCAUUUAAUGGUGAUUUUGGUCAUUGCAGGGGCUUCCUGGCACAGUGUGAGUUACUUUUUACUCAUCAGCCAUCCAAAUAUACUUCUGAUGGUUCGAAGAUUGCUCUCAUCAUGUCCCUCCUGGUCGACGACGCUCUUAAUUGGGCUAUUGCAGCAGUAGAGAACAACCCUGUCUUUGCCACUAACUACUCUCAGUUUAAGAGUGAGUUUCAAGCUGUGUUUAACCACCCUACUGACGGACAAGAUGCUUCCAGCCGUUUGCUAGUUAUUCGCCAAGGGUCACGUUCUGUGGCUCAGUAUACUUUGGAGUUCCGGAUCCUUGCUGCUGAAAGCCAGUGGAACGACCACGCCCUUCUUAGUGUCUACCGCAAGGGGCUGAGUGAUUCUAUUAAAGAUCUUUUGGUCCGUGACAGCCCACAGACUCUUAAUGAGCUCAUAUCCCUGGCCCUUAAGAUGGGAACACGACUUCAGGAGCGCCAUGCGGACCGAGCCCAACGAAGCUCUCCUCCUCCUGGGUCCAGUCGCUUUGCUUCAGUGACCCGCACUUCACCAUCUCCUCGCUCCACUCCACAACCUCGACUGCUUAUGCUCCCCCCUGCUCCCUCUUCACCCGGGCCUGCCGAGCCCAUGGAGAUCGGCCGGUCCCGGCUGACACUAGCUGAGAGGGAACAAAGGCUCACCAACCAGCUGUGUCUUUACUGUGGUGAGCCAGGACAUUUCAUCAAGGUCUGCCCGAUCCGCCCAAAAACCCAGCUCGCCGGUAGGGGCUAUACUGACGAGUGCCUCAUGGACAUCUCUUUGGCUCACCAGGCGGGCAUUCCUUUAGUUCCUUUAGAUCGCACACUGUCUCCCCAAGCGAUCGACGGACACUCCAUGGGAACUAUAUCCUUUUCCACAGAACCCCUCACACUCACUCUGUCUGGAAAUCACUCUGAAACCAUCCGUUUUUUUGUUCUACACGCCCCAACAGCGCCCCUGGUGUUGGGUAGACCUUGGUUGGAGAGGCAUGAACCACACAUCUCCUGGGCCUCUGGUCGUAUUUUGGGCUGGAGCACCGCAUGCCAUGCAACCUGUCUGCGCUCCGCCCUGUCCCCUUCAAUCAGACCCAAACCCAUGUCCUCUCCCCCCGACAUCACUGGUGUUCCACCUGUUUAUCAUGACCUUGCCUUGGUAUUCAGUAAGGAUAAAGCACUCUCACUUCCUCCGCACCGACCCUAUGAUAUUGGCAUUGACCUCCUGCCUGGGGCUCCCUAUCCUAAGUCGCAUCUCUACAACAUCUCCCUACCAGAGAAGGAGUCGAUGCACAACUACAUUGCGGAGUCCCUGCUCUCUGGCAUCAUCAGGCCGUCGUCCUCGCCUCUGGGGGCAGGCUUCUUCUUUGUAGAAAAGAAGGAUGGUGGUCUGAGACCUUGCAUUGACUAUCGUGGUCUCAAUGACAUCACAGUGAAGAAUAAGUAUCCACUUCCCCUUAUUAGUUCCACUCUUGAGCCACUCACUCAUGCCCGAGUGUUCACUAAGCUUGAUCUCCGCAAUGCCUACCACCUAGUUCGGAUCAGAGACGGUGACGAGUGGAAGACGGCCUUCAACACCCACCUUGGCCAUUUUGAGUACCUUGUGAUGCCUUUUGGGCUUUCCAAUGCCCCGGCGGUGUUUCAAGCCCUCGUGAAUGAUGUGCUACGAGAUAUGCUAAACAUCUUUGUGGUGGUGUAUUUGGAUGACAUCCUUAUCUUCUCCAGGUCUGUGGAGGAACACCACCAGCAUGUCCGCCUUGUUCUCCAGCGGUUGUUGGAGAACCGCCUGUUCGUCAAGGCUGAGAAGUGUGUCUUCCACUCUGACUCUGUGACAUACCUUGGCAACGUUGUGGAAGCUGGACAGAUGCGUGCGGAUCCUGCCAAGGUCAAAGCCGUGGAGGAGUGGCCACGUCCUACUAACCGGACUCAGCUCAGACGAUUCCUGGGUUUCGCCGGUUUUCUACGCCGGUUUAUCAAGGGUUACAGUCAGAUCGCUGCCCCCCUUAAUGCUCUAACCUCCGUUUCGCGUCCUUUUUCCUGGACGUCUCGAGCCGAGACAGCCUUUUCCAAGCUCAAGAGUCUGUUCUCCACAGCACCCGUGCUAAUCCACCCUGACUCGACAAGACAGUUCAUUGUCGAGGUGGACGCUUCUGACACAGGCAUCGGAGCCGUCCUUUCCCAGAGGUCCGAAGAGGAUCAGAAGAUUCAUCCGUGCGCCUAUUUCUCCAGGAGCUACGACCCCGCAGAGAGGAACUACGACGUGGGAAACAAGGAGCUGUUGGCGGUCCACGACGCUCUGAAGGAAUGGAGACACUGGUUGGAGGGAGCGAAGCUGCCGUUCAUCGUGUGGUCAGACCACAAGAAUCUGACCUACUUGAAGACGGCGAAGAGGCUUAACUCCAGGCAGGCCCGCUGGGCCUUAUUCUUCAGCCGGUUUGAUUUCACCCUCACCUACCGCCCAGGUUCCAAGAACGUCAGAGCGGACGCUCUCUCUCGUCAGUUCUCUAACGAAGAUCCUGCUGUCCAGGAGGAAUCGGAUUCCGACACCAUCCUGCCCCCUGCCCGGGUGGUAGGUGUAGUCACGUGGGCCAUCGACGCUGUGGUGAGGCAGGCCUUAGAGAACCAGCCCGACCCUGGCAACGGCCCUCAGAACAGACAGUUUGUUCCUGAUGCCGUCCGUACACCGGUAUUGGAGUGGGGGCACUCCAGCCGUGUUGCCUGUCACCCUGGAGAGCGCAGGACAGCUUCGUUCAUUGCUCAGAGGUUCUGGUGGCCAACCCUCAAGAAGGAUGUCAGGGAAUUUGUGGCCGCCUGCACCGUCUGCGCCCGUAGUAAGGCUUCACACAGGCCUCCUGCAGGCCUGCUACAACCCCUUCCUAUUCCGAGUCGGCCUUGGUCUCACAUAGGUAUGGACUUCGUUACUGGGCUUCCUGUGUCCCAGGGCUGUGACACCAUUCUGACGGUGGUCGACCGAUUCUCUAAAGCAGUUCAUUUUGUCCCUCUCCCCAAACUCCCGUCUGCUGCUGAGACGGCUGACCUCCUAACCCUCCAUGUUGUCCGCCCCCACGGCAUUCCUUCGGACAUCGUGUCAGACCGUGGUCCCCAGUUCAUCUCCAAGGUGUGGAAGGCCUUUUGCAAGGGUAUUGGAGCCACGGCCAGCCUCUCCUCUGGAUACCAUCCACAAUCCAAUGGGCAGACGGAGCGCGCUAACCAGACAGUUGAGGAGACUCUUCGCUGUGUUGCCUCCAGCAACCCCUCUUCUUGGGCUAAGUACUUACCCUGGGUGGAAUAUUCCCUCAACACCAUGGAGAGCUCUGCCACCGGCAUGUCACCCUUUCAAUGCUCGCUGGGUUACCAACCCCCUCUGUUUCCCGAACAGGAAGUGGAGGUAGCAGUUCCCUCCACCGAAGCCCACCUCCGCCGGUGUCGACGCAUCUGGGAGGCUGCCCGCGCUGCGUUACUCCGUGCCUCUGCACGUACCCAGCGUGGUGCCAACCGCCGGAGGGUGCGUGCACCUGACUAUCAGCCUGGUCAGAAGGUCUGGCUAUUGGCCCGGGACCUGCCCCUGCAGACGUCCCAGACUUCAACCCGCAAGUUGGAUCCUCGUUAUGUCGGACCCUACACUGUGGACAGUGUUAUCAACCCCGUUGCAGUUCGUCUGAAUCUCCCUCCUGCUCUUAAGGUUCACCCGGUGUUCCACGUGUCCCAGAUUAAGGCCGUGGCCACUAGUGCCUUGUCUCCCCCUACCUCCGCCCCUCCACCCCCCCGAGUCCUGGCUGGUGGUGAUCCUGUUUGGACGGUUCGGAAGCUGCUCGCCGUCCGCCGCCGUGGGAAAGGAUUCCAGUACCUGGUGGACUGGGAGGGCUUCGGCCCUGAAGACCGUAGCUGGGUGCCCCGUUCCUACCUGGCUGACCCCUCCCUGCUGGACGAUUUCUAUCGGGACAAUCCAGGUGCCCUAGGACAGUCGUCCGGUGCCUCCCCUAAGGGGGGGGGUACUGUUGUGUCACACGUUCCUGGUCCCUCCCCUGCACGCCAUCUAAGGGCAAGGGCCGGGCGUCUCUCUCAGCCUGCUGCAGCCAGCACAGGUGUGGCUGGUUCCAAUCAGCCCAGCUGCUCCACAUCCCAGCCAUCAGAGAGCAGCCUACAUAAACCGCUGAGAGCCGGCGCCCGACGCUUGAACGUUGACUCCUGUGGCUCCCUCCUCCACAAACCCAGUGUCUCCCACGCCUCGCCGCCUCCCCGGGAUCCCUCCGCGGCCCAAGGGCUGCCAGCACCUCCGUUGGCAGCACGCCAGGACACGCCCCUGCUCGCCCUGGCCGCAUCACGCCCACACGCCGGCAAGGAUGCGGGCGAUCAGCAAUCAGCACACCUGGGACUGAUGAGCGCGAGCAGUUUCAAGACCAGUGGACCCAAGGAUCCUGCGCCGGAAUUGCUUCUCGUGUCUCUUGUGAUCGAGCUGUGUGCCUCGACUCCUUUCCGGAUUGCCUCCCCCAAUCCUCGACCUCGCUUGGACACGGACAUCGUUGCUUUGCCCCAGCCCCCGAUCACUUGCUUGCCCACGGACUGCCUUCUUGCCUUGUCCCUCCGCUCGUUCAACACUACGUUCCUCCUCUGGCUGCUCGCGCCCCUGCUAGCGCUGGGCACGGCACGCCCACGCAGCAACAAGGCUGCAGACAAUUGUGCAUCUGCGCACCUGGACCUGACGAGAGGGAGCGGCAUAAAAGCCAGCGGACCCAAGAGACCUUCGCCAGAAUGUAACCAAUCUCCCCUGAUGUCUUACCUGUUACCCGUAAUCGUGUCUUGCCUCACGACCCCCUCCCGGAUCUUUGCUUGCCAGUAUACAGACCGUUAA